UCGCCUCCUCCUGCUUCUGCCGCCGCCGCCGGGGCUGGCCUGGCAGCGAGGGACCGGGCAGGGCGACGCUGGAACCACCCACACCCCGGCAGGGCAGUACCAUGAGCCGGCGAUAAGCUAAGUUAUACAGCUCUGGAACCGGAUCUGGGCUUGUAAUGGAAAUGCCAACAGACGCUUAACUGUAGCAAUGUUAACAAUCCUGACACAUUUCUGGGACCUGCAAUGACAAGUCUGAAUAGUAGCCAUGCAGAGAAAACUGAUGAAAUGUCUUCAAAGCAGUCUGCCCCAAAAGUGCAGGUUCAGCGAUCUGUUUCCCGAGAUGUCAUCACCAUUCACUUCUCGGCAUUUGGGAAGGAGGAAGAGGAGGAGGAAGAGGAAUUUAAGGAGUCUCCCAGUGAUGAACUGGAUGACCAAAGCAUUGUAACAGCACUUGAAGCCAAGGAAGACCUCUGCUUUGAACAUGGUGGGCAUGAUUUUUCUGGUCCAGCUACCUCGCAUAGCAUGGUCGACUCUGCAUCCCUCUUACCUUCAUCACCUGUGAUUUUGCCAACCGUGAACACUGUAAAGCCAUCGGAUUCUUCAGCAUCGCAAGUAUUCAGUGCAGUGCCAUUAGUUCCAUCACCCUCAUCUGAUUUGUAUCAUGUAACUAGCUCAUCAGGUGUGUUGUCUCCUUUGGAACAGAAAGCCAGCUUGUCAUCCUCUCCAUUGUCCUCUCCAUCCAAACCAACUGGCUUGUCUAGUGCUUCAUCUGCUGUUUCUAGUUCAAAGCCUUUUAUGAGUUUAGUUAGGUCCCUUUCAACAGAUGUAGAACCAAAAGAGCCCACCCCGCCCACAAGACACAGACAUUUAAUGAAAACCUUAGUGAAAUCUCUGUCCACAGACACAUCUAAACAAGAAUCUGAAGCUGUAUCCUACAAACCUGACUCUAAACUGAACUUGCACCUGUUCAAACAGUUCACUCAGCCUCGAGUUACAGGUGGCGAUUCCAAAACUGCCCCCUCUUCCCCUUUAACGUCUCCUUCAGAUACUCGUUCCUUUUUUAAAGUACCUGAAAUGGAGGCUAAAAUUGAAGACACUAAAAGACGCCUUUCGGAAGUCAUCUAUGAGCCUUUUCAACUCCUCAGCAAAAUAAUGGGUGAUGAAAGUAGUAGCCACAGGCCCAAAGUCUUAUCUUCAAGUGCUUCAGAACUCUCAAAUCUUUCCAACUUAAAUGGUCUCUUAGAAAGCAAUAACAACUAUAGCAUUAAGGAAGAAGAAUGUGAUUCUGAAGGGGACUACUACGGAAGUGAUUAUACUCUAAAUAAAAGUAACCAGUCCAAAACUGCUGAGGAACAUCUGAAAGACACAGAGACUAAAAGCUCUCAGUCUGUAAGCACAAAGGACUUAAAUUUGAAGACUUCGCUGGUACUGGAAAAAUGUUCUUUGUCUGCACUGGCAAGCAAAGAGGAUGAAGAAUUUUGUGAACUGUAUUCUGAAGAUUUUUUUUUAAUAGAGGAUGAAAGCAAAGUGGAAAAACCCACAGAACCUUUGCUCCAGGCAGAAAUAACUGAGGAAUAUGGUACUGCACUCAGUAGCGAAGACGAAGUUGAUUUAUGUGUGCAGCUGCCUAAAAUACCCAUUAAGACUUUGUACUUCUUUACAAUGUUAGUCUAUGCUUAUCUUAUACUCCCUCUCCCUAGUUACUUCUGUGGACUCUUCCUGGGAAUUGCCCUUGGAUUUAUGAUUGCUAUCUGUGUGAUUUGGCUUCUGACACCAAGUGCUCAUGAAUAUCACAAACUACAUAAAAAUCGGAGCAAGCAAUGGAAUACAGCGUCUCUGGACAUCAAAGAACCGGAAAUAUUGAAGGGAUGGAUGAAUGAAAUUUAUAAUUAUGAUCCAGAAACUUAUCAUGCUACAUUGACUCAUUCUGUCUACGUGCGACUUGAAGGAAGUACCCUAAGACUUUCAAAACCCAAUAAAAAUAUUUCCAGAAGGGCUAUUUACAAUGAGUCUAAGCCUGAUGUCACCUACAUUGGCCAGAAAAUUUAUGAGCUUACGGACAGCAAGAUUUAUCUGGUUCCCAAGAGUCUGGCUCGAAAACGAAUUUGGAAUAAAAAGUAUCCUAUUUGCAUUGAACUUGGUAGACAAGACGACUUUAUGGCUAAAGCCCAGACUGAUAAAGAGAACUUAGAAGAAAGGUCACCAGUAGAGAACUUAGACUUAGGCAGUGAAGUAUCUAAGAAACCUCAAGAUGGGACAAAACCCAUUAGCCAGAAGGAUCAAAUACUUUAUUUGUUUGGAAGAACGGGUAGGGAGAAGGAGGAAUGGUUUAGAAGAUUCCUUCUGGCUUCCAAGUUAAAGUCUGAAGCGAAGAAGCCUCUCGGUUUAUGUGGAAACAAGCCAGGAUUCUUGCCAUCACACAGUAGAACCAAUAGCCAGUCUGGAAUUCUUACGCACAGUCGCAGCAGUAGCAAAGGAAGCGGAGAAGAAAUCAUGUCUCAGCCUAAGCAAAAGGAGCUGGCAGGAAACGUGCGACAGAAAACGCUUUUGGACUACAGUGUAUACAUGGCGAAGUGUAUUCCACAAGAAAAUAAAAGUCCUGUGGUUAGUCCAGCCUGUAGUGCAGACAGUAGCCCAACUUCUGUGAAAAAGUUGCCAGAUAUCCCUACGGUAGCUGAAGAAGAGGAACGGGAGGCAUGGGUAAAUGCUUUGCUUGGAAGAAUAUUUUGGGAUUUCUUAGGAGAAAAGUACUGGUCUGAUCUUGUGUCAAAGAAGAUCCAAAUGAAACUCAGCAAAAUAAAGCUGCCAUAUUUCAUGAAUGAGCUAGCUCUAACUGAACUUGACAUGGGAGUAGCGGUGCCGAAGAUCCUUCAAGCCUUCAAACCUUGUGUUGAUCACAAAGGGCUUUGGAUUGAUUUGGAAAUGUCCUACAACGGGUCUUUUCUAAUGACCCUCGAGACCAAAAUGAAUUUGACCAAACUUGGUAAAGAGCCUCUUGGUGAAGCACUGAAAGUUGGAGAGAUUGGCAAAGAAGGUUUCAGGCCAAGGGCAUAUUGCCUUGCAGACAGUGAUGAGGAGUCUUCUAGUGCUGGGUCUUCAGAGGAGGAUGAUGCUCCUGAGGUGAUGGGAGGAGAGAAGCAGCUGACUCUUGGUGCAGAAGGGUAUGUUGGAGGACAUCGGACAAGUAAGAUCAUGAGGAUUGUGGAUAAAAUUACCAAGUCAAAAUAUUUCCAGAAAGCAACAGAAACUGAGUUCAUUAAAAAGAAGAUUGAAGAGGUCUCCAAUACUCCACUGCUCUUAACUGUUGAAGUACAAGAGUGUAAAGGAACAUUAACAGUUAACAUUCCACCACCGCCUACUGACAGAAUAUGGUACGGUUUCCGAAGACCUCCCUAUCUAGAGUUAAAAGCUCGGCCAAAGCUCGGUGAGAGAGAAGUGACUUUGGUUCAUGUGACUGACUGGAUAGAAAAGAAACUGGAACAGGAGUUUCAGAAAAUUUUUGUCAUGCCAAACAUGGAUGAUGUUUAUAUUCCUCUAAUGCACUCAGCCAUGGAUCCCCGCUCAUCUACGUGCCCUUCAAAAGAUCCAGUCACAGAGACUGCUGAUCAACCAUGAAAUGUGAAGAUUUUCAGUGUAUAGUAUUAAGAAAUUUAUUUUCAUGGGUUUUUAAACCGUGCAGUAGUUUUGUCCUUAACUUGUGCCACACCUUUUUAAAGAGGACUGCCUAUAACCAUUUCUUUGUGCUCAACAUGCCCGGUUAUUGUUCCUGCUUACUGCACUUAUACAAAGUUUCAUUCCAUUUAUAGGUUGAUUUAUGUUGUAAUGGCUACUGUCAGGAUUUUAACUGAGGCUAAGGUGACCUGUUCUGAAG